AUAGAUAAUUAUUAAUAACUAUUAAGACAAUCUUCUUCUUCUGGUGCCAUUUUGGGACAACGCAGAAGCAGAACACUACUAUGUGCAGCCUCAUUUCCAAGUCGCAAUGCCAAUUAGGGUUUGGUAAACUCUAUUUGCCACCUUUUCAAACAAGUAAAUCAGAAUAUGGAAUUGUGAAAAUGAAGAUGAGUGGGAGAGUGAAGGUGGUGUGUAAGGGUAUGUUGGUACCUAGAAAGUUUAUGCAGAGGAAGAGGAAAAUGGUGGUUUUCAAAGAUGCCGCUGAUGAAGCUGACCAGAAAAAUUGGUGGAGAGUCAUGAAACUUAUAGACGAGACAGGUUCUGCUGUUUCAGUCCUAUCUUCUGAGAAGAUGAAAAAUCAAAAUAUUCCUAAAGACCUUGUUGUUGGUACUUUGAUUAGAUUUAAACAACUCAAAAAAUGGAAACUUGUUGCUGAGAUUCUUGAAUGGCUUAGGACUCAAAAUUGGUGGGAUUUUGGUAAGAUGGAUUUCUUCAUGCUUAUCACGGCUUAUGGAAAGCUUGGAGACUUCAAUGGUGCUGAGAAGGUCUUAGGGUUGAUGAAUAAGAAUGGUUAUGCACCAAAUGUAGUGUCUCAAACUGCACUUAUGGAAGCAUAUGGAAAAGGAGGCAAAUACAACAAUGCUGAAGCGAUUUUUCGUAGGAUGGAGAAAUUUGGCCCUGAACCUUCUGCUUUCACAUAUCAGAUAAUACUUAAAACAUUUGUUCAGGGGAACAAGUUUAAGGAAGCUGAAGAAGUAUUUGACAAGCUACUGAAUGAUGAAAAGUCACCUUUGAAACCAGACCAGAAGAUGUUUAACAUGAUGAUUUAUAUGUACAAGAAGGCUGGAAGUCAUGAAAAGGCUCGUAAGACAUUUGCACUGAUGACUGAACGGGGAAUUGAACAAUCUACAGUAACAUAUAAUAGCUUAAUGUCAUUUGAAACAAAUUACAAGGAAGUUUCAAACAUAUAUGAUCAGAUGCAAAGAGCUGAUCUCAAACCUGACGUGGUUAGCUAUGCCUUACUCAUUAAUGCUUAUGGGAAGGCCAGGAGGGAGGAAGAAGCAUUAGCUGUAUUUGAGGAAAUGCUUGAUGCUGGUGUCAGACCAACUCGGAAGGCUUACAAUAUUUUACUUGAUGCAUUUUCCAUAUCGGGAAUGGUAGACCAAGCUCAGACUGUGUUCAAGAGCAUGAGAAGGGAUAAGUUCAUGCCAGAUCUUUGCUCAUAUACUACCAUGUUAUCAGCUUAUGUCAAUGCUCCUGACAUGGAGGGUGCAGAGAAGUUCUUCAAAAGAUUGAUACAAGAUGGUUUUGAGCCUAAUGUUGUGACUUAUGGAACCUUGAUAAAAGGGUAUGCUAAGGCAAAUGAUCUUGAGAAGGUAAUGGAGAAGUAUGAGGAAAUGCUUGGGCGGGGUAUCAAGCCGAAUCAAACAAUUUUGACCACAAUCAUGGAUGCACAUGGAAAAAAUGGAGACUUUGACAGUGCUGUUCAUUGGUUUAAAGAAAUGGAGUUGAGUGGGCUUCUUCCUGAUCAGAAAGCUAAAAAUGUCCUUCUAUCUUUAGCAAAAACAGAGGAAGAACAAAAAGAGGCUAAUGAGCUGGUACUUCGGUCCAUUGAAAUUAACAAUUUGUCUAAAGCUAAUGAUGAAGAGGAUGAUGAUGAAAAUGAUGAAGAUAAUUAUGAAUAUUUUGAUGCUCAAGUGUUGCCAUAGCUUAUGACGAACAAUCAGGAGAGAUGAGUUAAUCAAUGUCAAGUCCUUUAAGAUCUAGGCACUAAAAAAAUGUGUACACUUGCAAAUUUAGGGUCUUUGUAUUUUGGGAUUGGAAGUAUUUAUUAUUUAUUUAAAAUUGUAAUAAUAAUAAUACAAAAAAUGCUAGAGACUUUAGCCAUUUAUUUAUGUGAAAUGUGUUCACUAAUUAGUCAAUU